UUUGGGAGAUAUAACGAAGGAUGGCUAUAAAAUUCUAUAUGGAGCAUAUUUAGACACCGAUCCUUCUCUCUAUGACUUUAAUGACACUUUUAAGUAUUACCUGAUGUUAAACGACAUGUAUUGUUUGAUGGAUGGUACUACGAACGGUUAUGUUAUCUUCUUCGAUGCUAGCAAUUUAACCUUUGGUCAUAUUACACGAAUGAAUCCAUUCGGAUUCAAGAAAUAUUUAUAUUAUCUCCAAGAAGCAGCACCAUUUUGUAUAAAGGAAGUCCAUGUCAUAAACGCACCAACCGUUAUCGAAUUGGUAAUGAACAUGAUAAAACCUUUUAUGAAAAAAGAACUACUAGACGUAAUGCAUUUUUAUUCAUCAUUAGAGAACGUUUCUAAAUACAUCUCAGUGGAUAAGUUGCCAAACGAAUCGGGUGGAAAGGCGGGUCCAAUACGCGAAUUAGCUGAAAUUCAAAUGAAGAAAGUCGAGAAAUAUCGCGAAUGGUUUCUGCUGGACGAGAGAACCAGACGUGUUGACGAAACAAAGAGAAUUGGCAAGAGCAAAUCA